AUGUGCAGUUGCGCACCCUUUUGCAAAAGAGAAAGCCGUGUGUCUUCUGAUGGAUUCCAAAGCAUGAGGUUUUUUUUGCCAUUCAUUGGCGCUCCUCCUUAGCCGUUCCGCAUUUUGGAACCUCAAGUGUGAGAUAGCUGGUUGAGAUAUUCAGAAAAGCUCAAAAGCUCCAUGCCAUGUCACUAGAUAGUUUCUUUGCCGUCCCAAUCAUCUGAAAAUAUCUAAGAUGCUGCGUAGUGGAGAAGUCAAUUUACCGAUGCGUCUUGCUUAUGUCAGCUAUGAGGAUUUUCUAACCAAUAAGUUCAUUGCAUCUCGCGCUCGCACAUUCUAUCUGAAAUCUUUUAUUUUUUUGUUUUGAAGGCAGAUCCAUCUCCAGCAGUGUAGCCUCUGACCUUCUGAGUUAUGCAUUUGUUACUAGCCCUUUCUAACCAAUAAAUGAACGUUCAUUGCAUCUCGCGCUCGCGCAUUCUAUCUGAAAUCUUUUAUUUUCUGUUUUGAAGGCAGAUCCAUCUCCAGCAGUGCAGCCUCUGAUCUUCUGAUUUAUGCAUUUGUUACUAGCCCUUUCACACCAUCAAUGAUGCUUCAAUGGUGAAUUCAUCUUUUAGUACUAUGUUGUUUUAGAAAUACUCCCAUUAGUGUUCUUAUCUUUUCGAGUUGGUGUAUACUCUGUUUAUAUAAGUUGCUAAUGCACAGUGCAAGUGCAGUACAGCCAAACAUACCUUGUGGAUUGAUGAUUGAAUUUCCUUGUUUGGUGGUUUAAAUAAGUUCUAUGCCGAACAUUAGACAAAAAUAUAUAUUAUUUUGUACCAGUACUUCUAUUUGUGCAUUUUCCUUCAUCCUUUAUGGGUGUGCAGAGUACUAUGGUAGCACAGAAACUCGAAUUGCGCAUGAAGUUGCUUCAGAUCAGUCUUCUGGGCAAUAGAUAUUCUCAAAUCUCAAUGGUUGACCAAGUGUAUCAUUCUCCACACAAUUCUUUUAACAGAAGUUAAACUUUCAUGCAAGUCUACAUCAUGGUGACUGGUUUUAGAGAACUUACUUCAUUAUACUACCCAAAUUUUUCCUCGGGUAUUUUGAUCAAAAUACAAUAGCAUGAUAUUUUGGGAAAAUAUCUUAUCCCCGUCAGUAGUUCUAUCUUGUAUGUACAUCUAAAAGCAUAAAGAUAUUUCCUCCUCAAAUCUUUCUUUAUUCCAUUUCAUGGGUGCGUAUAUAUAGAGGUGGUGAUUGGUGAGUUGCCAAAACAACUGAAAGAAUGGGCUCCAGGACACAUGAUAUUUAGAAGAUGGUGACAACUAAAGUUAUAAAGAAAAUGUCACCAGUUGAGGACUCCACCUGAGAUGCCAAAAGGCUUCUGUUCAAGUUUUUCGAACAAAAAGCAGGAACGAGUGAAGGUUCACCAGGCUGGUUUAGACGGUAAACAGACAAGUAGUUGAUUAACAUUCAGAGGAAAAGCUAAAAAAGGUAUGUUCCUCUGCACCAUAUCCUCCUUGGCUUUGGCAUACACUUCUUGUACUGUAGCUGUCUGGCUUUCUGUAAGAUCCUCAUGUCUCUUUCCUUUCCAGAUAUUCCAAAUUGUUGUGCAUAUGACCGUACUAUUUAAGUCUCUUCUCUGGUCCCUGUGCAUAACUUUUUGAGCGCUGCUACCUCCAUUUUUGUUUUCCUCACUGUAUGAUGGAUGCAUCUGUGUUAACACUUUGGAGUCAAUUUCACGUGUUCAUGGGAAGAUGAUCUAACAAAGGAACAUAUGAGGCUUUUCAGCAACGUAAGUCAAAUAUGAGCAAUUACAUAGCAAUUUUUCUAGCUGGCAUUCAACACCUGUAGAUCUGAAUUCCUUUUGCUAAAGAUGGCACUGUAGACGUCCAAAUGAUUAAAAAGGGAGAGGACAGCAGGCAUGUAAUAUUAUAGUUUUUUGCCCCUUUGUAAGUCCUAUGAUUUCCCAGUAUUGGUGGACCUGAAGCCACCAAACACUGCUACAGAGAGAGAGCCUUUGACCCACUCAGUAUGCCACAGCACAGAGCUACAGAUACUUUCUGCUUGCUUACUCCACCAACCGCAUCAGAGUUAGCUCAUCUCCCUCUUGACCAGUUUCUCUCCAUACGCCCACGUAGACAACAUAGGAUUGUCUUAAUCCGCUAUAAAGCUCAUGCAGAACGAGAAACUUGCCACAAAAACACCUGAACCAUCUAAAGUUCCAAACACAGCAAGAGCUAAAACUAGAUCAAGAUGGCUGCAGCUGCCUUGUGCUUCAGGGGGUUUGCUCUCUCCGUGUCUUGUUUCCUCCUGGCCGUGCCACUGCUGAUGGCACAAGACCCUUCGAACCUGAGCCUGGAGCACUACGCCAAGACAUGCCCGAAUGUGGAACAUGUGGUCCGGACGGAGAUGGAGUGCGCGGUGCGCGAUGAACCACGCAAUGCCGCUCUGAUGCUCCGCCUCCAUUUCCACGACUGUUUUGUGCAGGGCUGUGACGGGUCGGUGCUGCUUGACGACACGGCAACCUUGAUUGGAGAGAAGCAGGCAGAGCAGAAUGUGAACUCGUUGAAAGGAUUUGAAUUGGUUGACAAGAUCAAGGAAAAGCUGGAGGCCGAGUGCCCUGGAACAGUUUCCUGUGCAGAUUUGCUUGCCAUUGCAGCAAGGGACGCAACUGUCUUGGUGGGUGGGCCUUACUGGGAUGUCCCAGUAGGAAGAUUGGACUCCAAGGAGGCAAGUCUUGACCUAGCAAACAAAGACAUACCCACCCCUCAGCAGGGCCUCAUCACGCUUAUUUCCAAGUUCUGGGAGAAGGGCCUUGACGCCACUGACAUGGUGGCCCUUGUGGGAUCCCACACGAUUGGAUUUGCCCGGUGCGCCAACUUCCGGGAAAGGAUAUAUGGUGACUUCGAGAUGACAUCCAAGAGCAACCCUGCGUCUGCGACCUACCUCAGCAAGCUAAAGGAGAUAUGCCCCUUGGAUGGUGGCGAUGACAACAUCAGCGCCAUGGACAGCUACACUUCCUCGACCUUCGAUAACGCUUAUUUCGAGACGCUCAUCAAGGGCGAGGGCCUCCUCAACUCUGACCAGGAGAUGUGGUCAAGUAUCGCCGGGUACUCAACGGCCGAUACGGUCAACAAGUACUGGGCUGACCCCGCCCUGUUCUUCAAGCAGUUCUCAGACUCCAUGGUCAAGAUGGGCAACAUCACCAACCCUGCAGGUGGUGAAGUCAGGAAGAGCUGCAGAUUUGUGAACACCUAAGCUGGAGAAAAUUUUGUUUGCGCCUUUCCCUUUCAUGGUUGAUGAUUGUCAGGAAAUAAGAAUGUUUUGCCUCGGAUACUAUACUGGUAUAUGUAUA